AUGGCGGAUAUCGGGAUGAAGUCUGCGAAGACAGAGAAUUUCAACCUCGAGGGGAACAUUGAGCAACUUUCGGGUCAGUGUAUCAACACAGCAAGUCGAAAUAAAGCCUUGAAUUUACUGGCCAAUCGCCAUAUUGCGUUCGAUCCAGAUUCUCCGGAAGCAAAGCGAGUGAGAUUAAAGAUUGAUAUGCGUAUCAUGCCAAUGAUAUUUGUGAUCUACUGCCUCCAACUCAUGGAUAAAAAUAGCUUGUCAUAUGCUGCAAUCAUGGGCAUUAAAGAAGAUGCAAAGCUCACACCCUCACAAUACUCCUGGCUAGGUUCGCUCGUGUAUUUUGGCUACUUAGGAGGCGACAUUCCUGCCAGUUUUCUCAUGCAGCAUUUCAAUAUAUCCAAGUACUUCAGCAUCAUGUGCAUGAUAUGGGGUAUUGUUGUUGCAUUACAUGCAGUGUGCCAUGACUUUGCUACUUUGGCUGCCGUCCGAUUUUUCUUAGGUGCUAUUGAGGUCUCAACAGUUCCUGUGGCUAUUCUUAUUACCGGGGCCUUUUACACCAAGGAAGAACAAGUCACAAGGGUGGCGAUUUGGUACACAACGUCCGGAUGGGCAUCAAUUUUCGGAGGGUUCAUUGCCUGGGCUAUCUAUCAUGCGAGUAGUUUUCAAUGGCAAGGGCUUUUUGUUCUUUAUGGAGGUAUGACAUUCGUGACUGGUGUUUUCUUGUUUCUGUUCCUUGCAGCUUCGCCGACCGAAGCUACGUGGUUGAGUGAGGAUGAGAAGGUCAUUGCUCUUGAACGAGUCCGGAGCAAUAGGACAGGAACAGAGGUCUGGAAAUUCAACGCGUCACAGCUUCGAGAGGCUUUUCUUGAUGUUCGCUUGUACCUGAUUUUUCUGAUGCUCCUUUCGACCGGUAUGCCUAAUGGUGGACUUACUGCUUUCGGUCCAACAAUCGUGAUGAACUUUGGCUACAGCGUGCCUACAACCCAACUACUGAACAUGGGAUCCGGUGCAGCUCAAGUAUUUGGCACGGUCUUAGCGUUAUUGGUUGCGAAAUGUACCAACCGCACUUGCGCUGGUAUAGUCACACUCAUUCUCGCAAGCAUUGGAGCUGCCAUGAUGCUUGGAAUUCCGAGCUCCAACAACAGUGCUCGUUACGGCGGAUAUGUGCUCGUUUAUCAAUUCCCUAUUUGCGUUCUGUUCAUCAUCACUUUUAUGACUGCUGGAAUAUCUGGGUCUACGAAGAAAAUUGCCUUUGGGUGUUCCUACCAACUUGGAUAUGCCGUCGGCAACAUUAUAGGUCCCCAGACAUACAGGGCGAAGGAUGCGCCUAAUUACUACCUUGCGAAGUAUACCAUGCUCGCAUUCAUACUCGUGACCGCCAUUUUGAUUGGUAUUUAUGGUGCUCUUCACAAUCACUGGAAUAAGCGAAAUGAAAUGCAUGGCGCCAAUUCUGUGUCCGAUCAACCGAGCGGUUUUGAAAACGAGGAAUUUGCCGAUUUCGGUGAUUUUCAGCUGAAAAAAUUUAACUAUCCAGUAUAG